ACAUGAUUUACAUGAUUUACAUGAUUUACAUGAUUUACAUGAUUUACAUGAUUUACAUGAUUUACAUGAUUUAGAAGGGAGGAAGGGAUGGGGGCUGAUGGACCCACCAAUAAUACCGCCAGAUUACUUUCGUACCUGGGCCCUCACGUGGCGGGUAGGGAAUAUCAAAUGCGGGGAGGGAAUCCUCCCCCGUCGUUGUUGCUUCAAUUGAGGGCGCGACGACAUUGGCAAUUUAGUACGCGUAGCCGGACUAUAUGGCAAUUGACAUUCCCCCCCUACCUCAGGAUCCAGCGAGGACUGCACGGCCAACGCAUGCAUGCCACGGAAGUUGUAUGCGGCGAUCAAUUCCCCCAGAUCAUGAAAAUCCUAGGUGAGAGUAAGUAUUGAACCUCCUGGGAAGAAAGGAAUUACACCCGGCCGCGCGUUAAAAUUCUCACGAUUGAUUUCCCAUUACCACACAUUAUGCGACGCUCUAAUGCACCAUCCAUAGCAACAUGUUCAUAUUUAUUUCUCGUCACAUCUCUGAACCCCCCCCCCCAACCAGCCUAGCGCCGUAGCCGCCCUAGCGCCCUAGCCACCCCUUUCGGUUCGAUCGCCAAAGUGUGGACGGCGCUGCUCAACGAGAGGCUCGUCCACAGCCUUGCCCCAACUUCCCCCCACCGCUCACCAUCCGGCUUUAGAACCUCGUGAUCUAAAUGCCCCUCCACACGUCCAAAACCACAUCUUCACUCCUCCUCAGCUUCAGGACUCCCAGUCUCGCGCUCAGGGCUGCUAGAGUCGCUACUAUCAGAGCUUUUUCAACCACACUUCUUGCUCCCCAAAAACAACACGCCAUGGCUGCUAGGGUCAAUGACUUCCUCGACUUCCUCGGGUCGUCUCCAACACCAUUCCACGCCGUCCAAUCCGCCAUCAAGCGCCUCGAAGCCUCAGCCUUCAAACCAAUCCAAGAGCGUGAAUCCUGGUCCUCCACCCUGCAACCAGGCGGAAAGUACUACCUAACCCGCAACGGCUCCUCCAUCGUCGCCUUCGCCAUCGGCAAGAAAUGGAAAUCCGGCAACCCCAUCGCCAUGAUCGGGGCACACACCGACUCCCCCACCCUGCGCCUCAAGCCCGUCAGCAAGAAGACCAACUCGGGCUUCCUCCAGAUCGGCGUGGAGACGUAUGGAGGCGGGAUCUGGCACACGUGGUUUGAUCGCGAUCUGAGCAUUGCGGGACGUGUGAUGGCAAAGGAUAAGGGGGGGAAUUUUGUCCAGACGCUGGUUAAAGUUGAUCGGCCCAUCGUGCGGGUUCCCACGCUAGCGAUCCACUUAGACAGGUCGUCGGAGUUCAACCCAAACAAGGAGACGGAACUCUUCCCCAUCGCCGGCCUCGUCGCAGCGGAACUCAACAGAACGGGCGCCAAACCCGACGAGAAGUCCGAGCCCGAGGCGGCCGAGGACUCGCACUCCUCCCCCCUCCGUGCCAUGACCGAACGCCACCACCCCUACAUCAUGGAGAUCAUCGCCGAGCACGCCGGCGUCUCCGUCCAGGAUGUAAUCGACUUCGAGCUCGUCCUCUAUGACACCCAGCCCCCCUGUCGCGGCGGCCUCAACAACGAAUUUAUCUACUCCGCGCGCCUCGACAACCUCGAGAUGACCUACUGUGCCGUCCUCGGGCUGAUCGAGUCGCUCUCCGCCCCUGACGCGCUGGAUGAUGAAUCCUCCAUCCGUCUGGUCGCCUGCUUCGACCACGAGGAGAUCGGGAGCACGACUGCGCAGGGCGCGGCGUCAAAUUUACUCCCCGCUGUGCUGCGGAGGCUUAGUGUGUUGCCGGCGAACGAGGGGAGCGAGGUCUCGUAUGAGAAGGUGCGGAGGGAGUCAGAUGCUGAUAUCUCGACGGCGUAUGAGCAGACCCUCGCGUCGUCGUUUUUGAUCUCGGCGGAUAUGGCACAUUCAGUUAAUCCGAACUAUGCGCAGAAAUACGAGUCGGAUCAUAGGCCGGAGAUGAAUAAGGGGACUGUGAUCAAGAUUAAUGCGAAUGCCCGCUACGCUACCAGCUCCCCGGGCAUUGUGCUGCUGCAGGAGAUAGCACGCAAGGCGAAGUCGGGCAAGGAGACGGGGGAGGGGGUCCCGCUGCAGCUUUUUGUGGUGAGGAAUGAUUCGUCGUGUGGAAGCACGAUUGGACCUAUGCUGUCUGCGGCGCUGGGGAUGAGGACGCUGGAUCUGGGGAAUGCACAGUUGAGUAUGCAUAGUGUGAGGGAGUGUGGUGGGGCGGAGGAUGUAGAGCAUGCGGUGAGGUUGUUUGAGAGUUUCUUUGAGCACUUCUCGGCGCUGGAGGGGAAGAUUUUGGUUGAUUAGGGGAUUAGAGGGAGG